AUGAGCGAAUUUGACAUCAGUGAGGCUUUGACAGCCUACCUCGACGAUCCCCAUGCGAUACCGACUCCCGAAGCGGCAGAAGACCUUCUCGCAUGCGAAAACGAUCCCGAUGCCUUUUCGCCUGGCCUGAUUAGCAGUGUACUGAAUGAUAUAGCGACCACAACGGGCGAGAACCCAGAGGCAAUACUACAAGCAAGCAAUUUGCACAGCUUGCAAUUUCUGCUCAAGUGCGCGCCCAUUCUCCCCUCAGAUCAGCACCCUCUUCCCUCUCCAUCUACAAGCAAGAAUCGCGGCACUAACAGCCAGCUCUUUGAGCUUUCCAGGCAGUCGUCAUACAUUCCUUCUACAUCCCUCGGCCGACUCUUCGAUGUGAUUAUUAGCGGUCUGGGCGCUGAGACCGCUAUUGUGCACCAUGACGAGCAGGAAGGCGAGAGUGAAACUGCGCAACAUAGGCAGAUCCUCGAGAUCUUCGCGUUCUUGCUACAAUGGUGCAUAGCAGCAGUUGAAGCUAAGAGCGCGGAGAGACCAGCCGCUCCGACGAAAGGAAAAGGCGCAAAGGGAAAGAGCAAAGCGGCUCAGAAAGAUGGCAAUUGGGAUCCCUCAUCUCAGUUGCAGACCGCGCUGGAUUCGAUGGCUAAGGUCAUGAAGCUGAAAUUGGCCAAGAUCUUUGUGACUACCAGCGAGCGUGAUACGUUCAUCAGCAUGUUCACCAAGCCGACAUAUCUCAUCCUAGAGAGCGAGACGAGAAUUAAGAGCACAGCCAUUCGCAUGCAUGCCUACAAGGUAUUGUGUGUUGCCAUCAAGCACCAUGGACAGGCAUACAGUGCUCAGACAAGCGUCAUCCAGAAUUUGACAUACUUUGAGCAUCUGUCUGAGCCCAUGGCAGAGUUUCUCCACAUUCUGGCCGAGCAAUAUGACUAUCCGCAGCUCGCAGAAGAAGUCAUGAAAGAGCUGUCCAACAAGGAGUUCAACGAGAGCGACACCAAGGGUCCGAAGUCCGUAUCGACGUUUGUUGCGCGCUUAUCAGAGCUCGCUCCAAGAGUCGUGCAGCGUCAAGUCACCUACCUAGCCAAGCUUUUAGAGAGCAACAACUACACCUUGAGAUGUGCCAUUAUUGAAGUAUGUGGCAAUCUGAUUGCUAUGCUUUCAAAGGUGGAGGAAGGCGAGAGGAGAGAAGAGCACAAGGGCCAGAUCAACGCAUUCUUCGACGUGCUCGAGGAGCGAUUCCUGGACAUCAAUCCCUAUUGUCGAUGCAGAGCAAUACAGGUCUACGUGAAGCUUUGCGACCUGGAGACAAAGUAUCCAAAGCGAAGGCAGAAAGCGGCGGAGCUGGCCAGACAAAGCUUAGAGGACAAGUCCUCGAAUGUGAGGAGAAAUGCGAUCAAGCUGCUCGGCAAAUUGAUGAGCACGCAUCUGUUUGCAGUGCUCCAUGGCGGCCAACUAGGCUACCAAGAGUGGAGCGAGCGCCUGGACACUGUCGAGAAAGAGAUUGCGAAUCUCAAGCCUUCGACAGAAACACCUGGCCUGGCGGAUCGCGAUCCGAACGAGCAGACCGUCGAUGCAAGCCUGCUCGACGACCCGACACGAAUAGAGGAGCCUGAGAAGGCGCCGCUCAGUGAGGAGGAGCAAGCAGCCGCCUUCCAGAAGGCGCAAGAAGAUGCAGCGAUUGCUGAAGUCAUGAACAAACUGUCUCUGACGAGGAAGUACUACAUCGAGGCAUUGAGGUUCAUCGAAACGCUUCACGAUGCCUCACCACAUGUCACGCAGCUACUUUCGUCCAAAAACAAAAGCGAAGUCAUUGAAGCGAUGGACUUCUUCGUUACGGCAGAUGCUUUCGGUCUCGAGACAGCAAAGAAUGGCAUUCGACGAAUGCUACGCCUCAUUUGGACCAAGGGCAACAGCGAUGAAGGGAAAGGAGUGCAGACUCACCUCAUUGAGUGCUACAAAGGGCUGUUCUUUGCUGCGCCUGGAAACUUCAACGCCAGCGAAGCCGCCAAUUACGUUGCCAGAAACAUGAUGAGCUUGACUUAUGGCUGCACACCCGCAGAGCUGACAAGUCUGGAGCAACUUCUGGCAACGAUGAUGAAGGAGAAAGCUGUUAACGAGCUCGUGAUCCAGAAGCUCUGGCAGGUGUAUGGCGUCCAAAAGAAGGAGAUCUCAAAGCAACAGCGCCGUGGUUGCAUCAUUGUCCUCGGGAUGCUCGCAUUAGCCGAUCCAGAUAUCGUGGUGAAGGAGAUGGAGACUUGUCUACGUGUUGGACUUGGUGCUAUCGGUCGCAAAGAUCUUGUGCUGGCUCGAUACACCUGCAUUGCGCUCAUGCGGAUGACAAACAACAAGCCAGUGAAGGGUACCGAGGCCAAGCCAAGCACAAGGCUGCCGAAUGACCACGCUGUGCUUGUUCGCCUAGCCAAUCUUCUUGAGAUUGAAAGCGACAGUAGAGACUGGUACGGCCUUGCUGAGCAGGCUAUUGGCGCCAUUUACGCUCUUUCAAAGCACCCCGACGUUCUCUGCUCAGAGAUCAUUCGGCGAAAGACCAAGAGUGUCUUCGCUCGAAAGGCGACUCCGCCACCCAAGCAAGCAGAGGUGGAUGAAAGGCAGAUGGACAACGAUGGCGAUGUGGAUAUGAGCGAUUUGCCAGAGGAUGCUACGGCAGAAGCUGAACAGCAACCAGAGGCUAAGGAGCCCGCAGCGACUUCAAGCAGCGACUCAGCUCUAGCAUUAUCGCAGCUGCUGUUUGCGGUCGGCCAUAUCGCUCUCAAGCAGAUCGUUCACCUCGAACUGUGCGAGCAGGACUUCAAGCGUAGGAAAGCUGAGAAGGAGAAGCUCGGCAAGUCUGAACCUGCUUCGGCGAAGAAAUCGAAGAAGGGCGAUAAGAAGUCUGAGGAGGAAGAAGCUGCGGACGAACUCGAUCUCAUGGCCGGCACGAACGAAGACGACUUCACCGAUGCGAUCGCACACAUUCGUGAGCGCGAGCUGCUGUUUGGCGAGAAGUCGUUGCUCACUCACUUUGGUCCUCUGGUGUCGGAGAUCUGCAGCAAUAACACUUCCUAUCCCAAUGCCGAACUUCAGGCACAGGCAGCGUUGUGCAUGGCGAAACUGAUGUGUGUCAGCUCCGAAUUCUGCGAGUCUAAUCUUGGCCUCCUCAUCACCAUCUUGGAACGCUCUCCGAGCUCUAUUACUCGUAGCAAUCUUGUUGUUGCUCUCGGAGAUAUGGCAGUCUGCUUCAAUCACCUCAUCGACGAGAACACAGACUUCCUUUACCGCCGCCUGUCAGACGCAAGUCUCCAAGUCAAACGCACUUGCCUGAUGACCCUCACUUUCCUCAUUCUCGCAGGUCAAGUCAAGGUCAAAGGCCAGCUGGGAGAGAUGGCGAAAUGUAUCGAGGACAGCGAUGAACGCAUUCGAGAGAUGUCACGAAUGUUCUUCGCUGAGCUUGCGGGCAAAGAUAAUGCGGUGUACAACCACUUCGUCGAUAUGUUCAGCUUGUUGUCUGCAGAUCAAGGUCUCGAUGAGGAGAGAUUCAGGAAGGUCAUCAAGUUCCUGGCGACUUUCAUCGAGAAGGACAAGCACGCUAAGCAAUUGGCAUCCAAGCUGGCGCCGAGGUUGCAAAGGGCUGAGAGUGAACGGCAAUGGAAUGAUGUCGCAUUCGCUCUUGGUCUGUUGCCGCAUAAGAAUGAGGAUAUUAUGAAGAUUGUUAAUGAAGGCUGCAAAGUGGUCGAGGGGACCGCUUAGGUGAAUUGGAGCUUGUUAUGACGUGGAGGACCACGGCGUUGUUGUUUGGUGGGCGUUUGGGCAGAUACCAGUGUUGCAAAUUUUCGUAUUUCUGUACAGCAAAUGGACUAUUGUGAUUGAUGAUGUCGAC